GCGUGACGAUAACGCGUAAAGUUGACUACGAUUAGAAUACCACUUGAUGAAUACUUUAGAGACAAAGAAGUUUGUACAACUAAUAUUCUGAUCGAAUGAGCUGGCAAAACUUCGUUGAGGAAAGUUUGUUAGGUACAAGCCAGGUAGCCAGAGCAGCUAUUCAUGGUUUGGAUGGGAAACGCUACGCUUCGAGCGCUGGAUUUGUGGUUUUACCAAGUGAAGCUCAAGCAUUAAUCAGUGGGAUCACCAAGGACCCUUCUCCUUUCUAUUCUAAAGGAAUUGCUGUUAAUAGAACUAAGUAUAUUUUCGUAAGAUCAGAUCCUGGACAUGCUAUUUAUUGCCGCAAAGGCAAGGAGGGAGUGGUUGCAGUAAAGACUAACAAGUGCCUGUUGAUUGGUGGAUAUACAGAUGGAAUGCAGGCAGGGUGGUGCAGUGCUGUGAUAGAAAAACUGGCAAAUUAUUUCAUUGCUAUUGGUUAUUGAGAUAUUAAAUCCAUUAUUCAAGCAAGAAAAAUAAUUUGCCCAGUGAAAAACAGAGAGCUUCUUUAACUGGCCUCAGCAAGGUAUCCACGUAAAGGGCUGCCCGGAGCAAGGAAGGAAUAUAAGCUUGUACCGGAGAAAUGAUCAAACUAUUUUCAGGAUUGAUUGAAUCAACAUAUUAGAAAUUUACUGGGUAACUAAUUGCAAAGAGUUUUUUAAUCCAAUUCGUACAAACAAAACAAAUUUGCAAAAAUUGCAAACAUUUACCUGGGUCACUUUAAGACUCCAAAGUUUUUGGACGGGUUGAGGAACAGGAAGGGAAAAAUUACUUCAUUCAUCUUGUCAAAAUGGGUAAAAGUUAAAGGAGACUGUUCAAUGGGUAACAUAUUUUAAAAAAAAGAUGUGCUAAUAAAAAAAAAAUACCCUAUUUUAGAAGGGAUGGGUCCUUCAGCUAAAAGCAGACAUGAAUGAAAUAUUUAACAAUUAUUCCACGAGCGCGUGUUGGAUAUGAGAUGAUAGAUAGCCGAGGCCCAU